GCUGAAUUAUAUAUAUAUACACUCACCACCCACACACACUCACACAUAUGUAUAUAGUAGAUAUAGUUCUAGGCAAUGGCUGACGAUGAUGAUAAACCAAAGAGGCAUACGCUCGAUUCGCUCUUUCACGUUUAUUGCAAUCACAAGGUACUCAAUGCCGCUGAACUGGAGAACGAGGAGUUCAACAGCAUACUGCUCUCACAGCUGGACAGCUGGUUGCAGCAAGCCAAGUUAAUGCCACAUCCGAUCACGCGAACCCAAACUGGACUUAUCUACAUGCGUUACAAAAAGUGGCGACUGGAAUAUGAAGAUUUUCUCGAGGUGCUCCAGCAGCUGUGCAGCGAUACCGAUCUCAACUAUGACGAGUUCAAAGAGACCAUGGUUGCAGCUGGUCCCCCAACCGGAGGCACCGAUAUCGUCGUUGUCAAGUAAUAUUUAUACGUUGUGUUGUACUCUUGCCAUUUAAUUAACAAAUACAUAAUACAAAUUACAAAAAAAGUUUAGUUUACAAAGUUUAUAACAAUUAUAACAAAGACGUAAAGAAAAAAGAUUCGAGUUAAGAGCGGGGAAAUAUCACACAACAUAGUUUCACUCCUAGAGCAGGUUUUGCAGUGACUAAUGAGUAUUAGCAUAAAGUAAAACUAUGAACUAAACAAAACCCGCUUGAAAUGUGAUUUUUCCCCAUAUUAAAUCAGUUGCUAUAAAGGUGCAUUUCUUAUUUAUACGACACUGGGGGAAAAA